AUGUAUCACACUAGAAUAGCCAGUGGCUCUGCUCUGAGAGCGGGCAUUAUGGCCCGGAGUAGCAAAUGUGCCCUCUUGUCCAGCUCUAGAUGCCUUCACGCUGGCAUGUUGCUGAGAAAAGAGGGGCCUGCCGAAACAACACAUUUCGGGUCCAAGACAGUGGCAAAAGAAGAAAAGGAGAAGUUGGUCGGCAGUGUGUUCUCCAACGUGGCUGCUAAGUACGAUGUCAUGAACGAUGUGAUGUCUAUGGGGGUCCACAGGUUGUGGAAAGAUCACUUCAUCAACAAGCUCGACGCGGGGAAGCGCCCCAACUCAAAGGAGCCUCUCCACUUCAUCGACGUUGCUGGUGGCUCCGGAGACAUUGCCUUCGGUCUUUUGGACCAUGCUGAGCACAAGUUCCACGACACAGAGUCUACCAUGCACAUCGUCGACAUCAACGCUGAUAUGCUGAAAGAGGGUGAGAAAAGAGCCUUGAACCAGGGCAAGUACUACAAUGAUCCCCGUGUUAAAUUUUUGGUUCAGAACGGCGAAACUUUGGACCAGAUCGAAUCUAACUCCAAAGAUGUCUACACUGUUUCGUUCGGUAUCCGUAACUUCACCGACAUCCAGGCUGGUUUGAACACCGCGUACCGCGUCCUGAAGCCAGGCGGGAUUUUCUACUGUUUAGAGUUUUCCAAGGUGGACAAUCCGCUGGUCGACCUGGUCUACCAGCAGUGGUCGAAGGUCCUCCCCGUAAUGGGCUCGCUAGUUGCUAACGACUACGACUCCUACCAGUAUCUCGUUGAGUCAAUCCAACGAUUCCCUCAGCCAGAGGAAUUCAAGGCCAUGAUCGAGAAAGCCGGCUUCGAGUCUGCAGGGUACGAGAAACUGACAUUUGGAGUUUGUGCCAUCCACUGGGGUGUCAAAGUAUAG